UCACAUCAGAGAGCCCAUAAAGCCGCAAGCGGGAAACUUCGCUGACUUCUUCGAGACAUUUUUGAAUUUCUCUUCUCCCUCUCUCUCUCUCUCUUUCUCUCUCUCUCUGCCUGCGAAAUCCCCAAAUCCCAAACUUCAGCAGACAGAGGCUUCAAGCUCUUCCAUCCUCGACUUUGUCGGAGUCUCUCCCAUUUUAGGGUUUUCCCCUUUCCCAAAUUGACCCCUUUUUGGAACCGUUGUCAUGACGCCUCAGCUCCCGUAUCCUCAGUCCCAGCAGCAGCAUGACUAACUUCGGGGACGAGCCGAGCAGCAGCAGCGGGUUCCACUCGGUGCACGCCGAGCGGGACCCUGAAUCCAACUGGGCGUUCGAUCUUGACAGGCUUCUCGAAGAGUAUUUGGUGAAAGUCGGCUCCGGGGAGAUCCCGAGCGAGGACGAUGACCGCCGGAUUCGUGUGAACUUUGCCGAAGCUGCUUUGCUGCUUCAGGGUUCGGUUCAGGUCUACAGCCGGAAGGUGGAGUAUCUUUAUUCGCUGGUUCUGCACGCGUUGGAGUUCAUUUCUCAGCAUCGGCAGCAGGACCAGGUAGAGGGUGCGUCAAUCCAGCCCGAAGAGGCUGGGCCCAGUGGGACUCGGAAUGAAGAUGAUGAUCCCUUCUGGUUGUCGGAUGAUAUACCAGGUGGAUGGACUUUCAUGUGCAUUGCUUCAGCUUAUGUGAAAUAACAUUUAUUAAUUUGCUAAACUCGUACCUACCGGAAGGUGGAGUAUCUUUAUUCGCUGGUUCUGCACGCAUUUUACUUUUUAA